GAAAACUUAUCGCCCUAAUGACAUGUAAAGAAACAUUGAGGGGUCAAUGAAGGUUGUCGUAUAGUUUAAACUAAUGGAAAGAAUAAGCUUGUGGUAUUGCUGUUAAGCAUGAACGACUUCUGCAAAUAAUACACAGCAAAUAGAAUAUUGUGUUAAGUUAACAAAUUAUUACUGUACAGUUGAUUUAAUCAUUUGUGAACUGCAAUUUCAUUAACUACGCAAUAUGGUUUCAUAAACUAAUCAUGUGCAAUAGGAGAAAAUUCAAAUGUUAUGUAUAAAAAUGGAAUUGUGGCUGCACACAAUAUAAAUGCCAUUGAUAUGAAAAUGGAUGACACAGAAAUAGAAGGAAAUAAAAGGAGAAAGUUGCAAUUAGAAUUAAAUUCCGAGCUCGUCAUCCAAUAUUUGAACGAGAAUCCAGAUUUUCUCGAGAACUACGUUCUGUCACACGUGAACCAAGAGAGGCUUCAAAGAUGGACGGCUUGGAAAGAGCAAGUACGGAGGCAGAGACAUGGUGAAAACUUAAACGGUGAAAUUAUACCUGACAGGAAAGCAACAUUGUCUAAAUGGAAGGCGUCUAUGCACUCUAAGAAAUGGAGCUUACUUCAGGAACUAACUCGUGAUAUUCACACUCAUUCCAACAAAGCUCAGGUGCUCGCAGAACUUGCUAAUUGCAUUGCAACAGCAACAUCAGCGGACGGUCACAAUCUCUACCUCGUUGAUGACCAUCAGCAACAACUUCUUUACCAAAAACCCAACAAUAAUAACAAAUGUGAACUUGUCUCGUCAAUCAUUGGCUCUCCUCGGUUGUCUUCGACACUUGCCGGGUAUGUUGCGAGUACUGCCGAAACUGUCCGAACAGGAGAUAUUUUAGCGGAUGACAGAUUUCCUGACGGGUUAGCUGUAGGCGGGGAGAAAUGCCAGUCUGUGAUGGGACUGCCCGUUAUAAAAGGGGAUGGCACACUUACAGGUGUGAUAGAACUGUACAGAAACGUGGGUGGUGGUAUCUUUACCCUGGAAGAUGAGGAGGUUGCAAUCUCAAUGGUCAUGUGGGCAGACAUUUGUGUGGAGUAUGUCGAGAUGUACAACUGCAUGACGAGGCAACGGAAGUUAAAUGAUUUCUUGCUGGCAGUAACCAAAUCAAUAUUUCAAGACAUAGUGAGCAUGGACACUGUCAUUAUGAAAAUCAUGAAUUACGCCAAAAAGCUAGUGAACGCUGAUAGGGCCUCGUUAUUUUUGGUGGACACAACUACCAAUGAACUAUACGCAAGGAUAUUUGAUACUGGCAAAGUUGAUGAAAACGUUCCUAGUAAAGAAAUCAGAUUUCCCAUGGAUAAAGGCGUUGCUGGCCACGUGGCGUCAACGGGAGAGGUGCUAAACAUUGCCGACGCUUAUACAGAUAGACGCUUUAACAGAGAAGUAGAUAUGCAAACUGGGUACAGAACGAAAUCUAUUCUUUGUAUGCCAAUCUACAUCAGAGGAAGUAUAAUCGGAGUGGUACAAAUGGUAAACAAACUGAACGGUACUUUUACCAAAUCUGAUGAAGAAUCAUUUGAAACUUUCGCAAUAUAUUGUGGUCUCGCUUUGCAUCAUGCGAAGUUGUAUGAAAAAAUCCGAAGGUCUGAACAGAAAUACAGAGUGGCAUUAGAAGUACUGUCGUAUCAUAGCCAGAGCUCGGAUGAAGAAUUCACAUCAGUUAAAACAAUACCUGUGCCAGACAAAAUAGUUAAUAUUACACAUUAUCAUUUUUCACCAUGGGCAGUUACAACAAUGGAGAAACCAAUUUAUGUAUUAUACAUGUUCAGAGAUUUAUUUGGACAAGUUGUCAGUAUGCGAGAAAAUGAGAAAAGAUAUGAUAUGGACAGUCUUAUACGGUUUACAUUGACAGUACGGAAAAAUUACCGUAAUGUACCGUACCACAAUUGGGACCACGCUUUCUCUGUAGCCCAUGCUAUGUUCACAGUCGUUAAAACCUCAAAACACAAGUUUACACCACAAGAGUGUUUGGCAUUAUUUGUAGCUUGUUUGUGUCAUGACCUCGACCACCGAGGAAAAACCAAUGCUUUUAUGGUAAAAAGUGCCUCCCCACUAGCCGCUAUCUACUCAACGUCCACAAUGGAACAUCAUCAUUUUAACCAAACGGUUACAAUAUUACAGAAUGAGGGACACAACAUAUUUAAAUACCUAUCCCCUGAAGAUUAUAAAAGAAUGCUGAGCGAUAUAAGGAGUUGUAUCUUAGCAACAGAUCUGGCAUUAUUUUUUGGAAACAAGGCAAAGUUAAAAGAUAUCGCAGAUAAGAAUGAGCUGAUCUGGGAGGAUUAUGAACACAGAAACCUUGUAAUGACACUAUGUAUGACAGCAUGUGACCUUUGUGCUAUGUACAAACCCUGGAAUACACAACUUGACCUUGUUUUUGUCAUCAUGGAGGAGUUUUGGCAGCAGGGUGACGAGGAAAAGGCAAAAGGUAUUACUCCUCUAGCUAUGAUGGACAGGGAGAAAAAACAUGAACUUCCACAACUGGAGGUUGGGUUCUUGGUUGGAAUUUGUUUGCCUUGUUACGACCUGAUGACUCAAGUGUUACCAGAAACUAAACCAAUGAAAGAUGGUGCACUGGCCAAUAUGAAGAAAUGGAAACAACUGGCUGAGAAGCCACGAGAGGAAGUUGAAAAAGACUUACGUAUAGACAGUUCAGAAAGACGACACAGUUUGAUACAAUAUGGAGAACAUUCAGAUGAUUCUUCUGACUCUUCAGAAAAGAACGACGAAACUCAGGAAGGUGACACCCUAGCAACGGAUGGAGACACGGAAACAAGGUCAGCAAACAGUGAAAGCCCAUCAAGGAAUGACGCUGAUGACGAGCGAGACAGUGUUGUUGACUCACUUAACGAGAAAUAUGAUGAAGAAAAUGUAACACCAGGUGAUUGAGAAAAAAAACUUCAGGGUGUUAGCAAAACCAAAAUUGCAAAAUAAUGUAGUAUAUAUAUAUAUCACAUUGUGAUACAUAGAAUCGCAGACGACGAUUAGAUUAUACUCUGAAUUAAUAAAGCGACAUGUCAGAAUAUUCCUUCUGCAAAAUUGCAAAUUGGUAGGAAGAGAGAGAUACACUUUAUGGCAAACGAAACUGCAGAUGACAUUUAGACCAUUCUUUGAAUCCAUGAAAGAAGCUAGAUAUUAAAUCAUUCGUUUAGCCAGUGUACACUCAUCGUAACAUUAAUGCAGACUUACCAAAUAGUGAAGCUGUCUCAGGUUACAAAGUACUCUCUCGUGUUCUUCUGUUAUAACAAUGCUUGUAAGAAAAUGGUCAUAUUAAAACAUUGACCAGGACUUUGUGAUAUGAAACAAGAUGUUAUUUAUUUGACAUAGUUCAAAUUUUUAUUUUUCUGUUUUGUGAUUAUUAGUAUCGUUUUAGAUAUAACCGUAUAUAAAGUAAAAUAGGUUCUUUUUAUCGGAUUCCAUGGAAAUAUUAUUUGAACAAAUAUUUCUAAUACUUAAAACUGUCAAGUACAUGUAUAUAGAAAAUCUAGGUCGUUAGUUCAUAUUGAUUAUUUCAUUCACUAGGAUUCACUUCGCUUGUUUACUAUGUAAGUUCAGGUUUGACACAAGAAUAUUGCCAGUAUAACGUCAUACAUUCAGCGUUUGUAAACGUCGUUACAUUCUUCUUUUUAUCAUGUGAAUUCUUGUGUCCAAACGCAAUUUAUUAACAUUCAUCUUUUAAGAUAACUUGUAUGUUAAACAAUGCCUGGCUGUACAGAUUUUGCUCUUUCAUGUAACCAAUAGAUUUUGUUUCAAUCGGUUAGUUUUUUAAGAUUUUUGAUAUUUAUAUUGUUAUGGUAUUUUAGUACAUGGAAUAGAUAUAUUUUUAAAUAUUCUUUUUAAUCCAGAUUAAAUUAGAUCAUAUAAAUUUAUACCUUCAUUUUUUGUAUUAUAACUUUAUCAUAAUAUUGUAAAUAUGUGCUUAAUUAUUAUUUAUAGCUUACUUAAAGCCUGUAUUCUUAAGGAAUAGUAAUUGUUUCCUUGAGUGAAAUAAAACGCCAUUUUAAAUCUGUUGUUUUUAGUAAUGUGAAGGUUGAUUAUUUUGCCAACCAUUUUUUAAAGUAUUUACGAGGAAAUGCUAGGCACUACAUGUUUAGUAAUAGAGCAUAUGGUUUGAUAAGCAGCCCAAAGCUUAAAAGUAAACAAUAUACUUGCAUGUGAGACAAUACACAAGUUGUACUUGUAUGACAUCUGCUUACCAAGUGAAAACAUGUAACUAUUUAUCUACAUUUGAUUUUAAGCAAUAGUUAGUAUAUAUUUAUAUCAGAUAAAGUACACGUUUCUACUUUGAAAAUUUCUUUGCUUUCCUGUUUUGUUCUGGUUUACCUAAAUAAGUGAAUAAGUGUAUUUGUUCUCAAAUUUUUGUUUUAUUUCUUUUUAUGUAAUAUGAAGAUAUGUAGUUGAGAGUAAAAGCAACCAUUGAAAACUG